GUCACGGUGCGAGACGUCUCACGUCUCUCGUUCGUCGCGCGAGUUUCAAGCAGCAUCCUCCCGAAGGGAUGCCGCGUUUUGUUUACCAACGCGAUGCGCCGGCGAGUCGGGAGUGGCACGGAGAGGCGGACGGAAGCGGCGCGAACGCGGAGGUGGCGUGGCGGCGACGAUGGUUAGUUAGUGGUGGCCGGUGCGGACCGGCCGCGUGUGGUAGGAGGCCGCCGCGAUUCAAUUUCAGUCGAAGCGCGUCAGGCAGACCGAAGCGAGCGAGCGGAUCGAACGAGCGAGAGAGUCGAGAUAUAAGCGGGAGAAUAAAUCGGCCGGCGCCCCUGACUUCAAUCUUCGGGGCGAAGAGACAGAGAAAGUGAAGAAAAAGAGAGAGAGAGAGAACAUAUAGACGUAUGAGCGCCGCAGGUGCAUGAACGUAGGUACACGCGGUCCGCUUCAUCGGCUCCCUUCGCGCGCAUCUUCCCCUCCUAAACUGGCGCUACGUUCAGUUUCGUUCAGGUUCAGCAUCCAGUCGGUUUUUUACUUCACGCGCGCCUGGUUCGGUUUUGUGGUGCGCGUUAAUAUAAUCGUGACGUCGUGAGAUUUAUUCGGGGCGAUAUUAUAUUCGCGAGUGCAAUUGUCGGACUGCAAGUGCAAAUAUGGCGGUUACAAAACUUUGCGAGCUUUGACUUCAUUUUCGAGAUGGAUCUCCGCGAGGAUACGUCGUUUGCUUCAGUAAUCACGUGGUAAACACGAACGGACACCGGUGUUUAUAUAUGUGUACGUGUGUGUGCGUCGCCAUGAAGGAGAAUUCUCGAUAGGAAGAAAAGAAUUAUUUAUUCUCGUCUGUGAUCUCGAGAAUGGAAUUCGGGAGCUACAAGGGCACCGGACCCCGCAUUAGGGUUCGCCGGCGAGCGGAAUUGGGCAGGCGGCUCACCAGGAGGUUGUCCCUCGUUGCGAAAAUGCCGGCUGCAAUUCUCAGUAGGGCGAACCAACCCGAACCAAGACCGGUCGAGAUUACGGCGAUUGCACCUGACAAGACGCAGCUCACGUUAUCAGCCUCAUCGCCCGGAGCAAUUUCUUCCGUGGUCGCUCCGAUACUUCUGAAAUAUCGAGUAUGCAGACCUCGAUUGCUGCUUGCAGGCUCGAGGGCCGAGGUCGAUCCCGCAGCCGAUGUAGCCCUUCUACACGGCGAAGUUUUACUUAUCGAGGACUUUGCCCGACAGUACGAUGCGAUUGGAGAUACAGAUCGCAGGUACAGAGCCACGGAAAAGCUGUUACAUGCGGAAGAAGAAUAUCACGAAACAUUGUGCAGCGCCAAAGAAUUGUACGCACGUCCGUUGGCACGAAAUUAUCCCGAAUUUCACGACGUCAUCUUUCAACCCCUCGCAGAUCUAUCGCGGGUCAGCGCGGAGCACUGCCAAAGGAUCCGUGGCACACUUGAGAAUUGGGACGGCGGUGCCUUCAAGCCGAGUGACUUAUUUCCCGGUUCGUUUUGGAACUCUUACUGGGAAUACUUGGAGAGAUACGGCGAGGCUAGGAGAACCCUGGACGAGCUGAGAGCGACCGAGGACCCUCUGCUGCACUUUCUCAGUCUUAGACAGGCGGCCGCGAGACACUCGCCCUCGUCCUUACUUCUCCUACCGGUGCAGAGGCUUGCUGACUACGAGAGGUAUUUGGGACAGGAAGCGAGGAGUUUGAUAGAUAACGAAUGCAUCGAUAGCGGGACAGUUUUACACCGUGGUCAAUUAGAAGGUGAUCUUCAUCGUAUCCAAGAAUUGUUCCCCGGCGAUAAUUUACGGUUACACGAGCGAGAUGUCGUUACUAUGAAAAUGAAGAAUAUGUUACGUAAAAGGAGUAGUGGUACUCCAGCUAGACUAACGAGAGGACUUUCCCAGAAAACUAUAGAUUCUCCGGAUGGUUCUCCAACUUCAAAAUCGCCGACUAGAACUUUUCUCUUGGAAACACCAGUCCAAUUUACCACGGGCAUGCAGUCUCAGGAGAGGCAUCUCUUCCUCUUCACCGAUCUCCUGCUGAUCGCGAAAGCACGCAGUGGUGGAAACUUUAAGCUGAAGCAGACCGUGAGGAUGAGCGAACUCUGGCUUACAUCGGGUCACAUAGAGGACGUGGCAGAGACCAGCAAAUCUGCAGAAACUAGCUUCGUUCUCGGCUGGCCUACUACAAACGUCGUGGCCACUUUUAUGACCGCUGCAGCGCGGGAUCUUUGGUGGGGACGUCUAAAUGAUCUCGUGCGGGAGGAGAGUAUGAAGGAGCCGCCACAUACAAAUAUUCAAAUUGUAUACCACGACAACGACACGAACAGCGACUACUGUAAGACGAUCAUGGUCGGCUCCGAGAUGACGGCGCAGACCUGCGUGAACAUGGCAGUGCCGUUGUGGGAUCUUCAAGGACCCUUCCAGUUGUGGGCCCGAACGUUCCCGGACGAGACGCCGUAUCCGUUGAUAGGACACGAGCGACCAUUCGCCGUGAAGAUGUCGCGUCUACGACACAUGCUGUCGACGGACGAGGGUUUCGAUCUGGAGCACAUCAACAACAGCGGCGUCGAUCUGUGUCAUUUUAUCCUCAGACCAGUGAUGAAGACGCCCGCGAAGAAGAACAACCGGUCAAAAAUAACCGGUCUGUUACGGCGCUCGCUGUCGUUGAAUCCCAGUCUCUUUGGCGUGAAUUUGUCACGGCUGGAUGAAAAUGGCUUGCCCAAGCCCGUUCUGGUGAUGCUGCAGCAGCUGUUCGCGAAGGGCCCGUUCACGCAAGGAAUAUUCCGCAAAUCCGCGAACGUUCGAAUUGUCCGAGAGUUGCGAGAUCAAAUCGAAUCCACGGGAGAUCUCAGCUGUCUAGAAGACGCGCCAAUUAUAGCUGUAGCUGCUUUGUUGAAGGAGUUUUUAAGAUCUCUACCAGAUCCUCUCUUGACUUCGCAUCUGUUUCCUCUCUGGAUGGAGAGUUUGGACACACCGAGUCCUGUUCAAACUAUUAAAAGCAUUCUAGACAGGCUCCCGAAGGCGAAUUAUACCUUGCUCUCGCAUUUAAUCUGCGUGCUACAUCAUGUGGCGAGACGAUCAAAACGUAAUCUUAUGUGCGCCAGUAAUCUUGGCGUCUGCUGUGGUCCGAGUUUACUUUGGUCAUCGAAUCCAUCAGUGAAUCAGAGCAGAUCGAUUCCGACAAUCACCGAAAUGCUGAUUCGUCACUGUGAGGAUUUAUUUGGUGCCGGCGUCACGCAACUCCUCGGAGAAGACACACGUAGCGAUAGCGGAGCUGAGGAGAGCACCGAUAGCCUUCAUUCAGGUGGGAUAUCCUUGGAUAGUCUAGAUCUAACGGAAGCACCGCGUAGGGAUCCCAUGUCCCUGUCAAGAGACUCGGGCUUGACCUUGUCGGAUUGCCAGUUAUUUAUUCCGGAGUCGCCUGUAGGCUCGGAAGACUCUGCUCCGAACGCUCCAUCGUCCAAUAAUUACGAUAAGCCUCUUGUGAAGGAGGAAAAGUCCAAUGGUAAAUCCUACGUUCCGGUGUAUAGAUGUGGAUGGGAAGAGAGGCUCAACGGUUACGCGUCCAGUAGCCAUAAUGUUACGAAUAGCACGGAACAUAACUUUCGAGAGGAAAAGGCUAACGCGUGUUACUCCAAUCCACCCCAAUCGUCCAAUUUUCAGCGGCAGGACUGGCUACGGGCACAGCUUAAAAGAACACCUAGAACGAACAAACUGGAUGAACACGAGCAUCGAAAAGAAAGAUUCGGUGAUAAAGAUAUGUACGAUAGAGAAUACCUCAGACAGGACGCGAUGAAGGAAAACGUAGAGAAUUGUAAGACUUAUCGGAGGCAGUUGAACGUAACCUACGAUAUAUUAUCGGAAGAUUACGACAGUAAGAGCUCGCAGCAGGAUAUUCGAAGCGCCGAACGAGUAUCGAUUCACGACUCGGAGCAGGAUCUGACAAAUGGCAACGAUACGCUCCGGUCGGACAACGAUCGCUACGAAUUAAUUAAGAAGAAAGAGCGCUUCAGCGAGUUUAAGAAAGUCAAGUCCUCGGAGGUCCAAUAUGUAAGUCUGGAAUCACCGAUGACGGAGAAAGAACGUCGUCGACAAGCCCGUGAUUGCGAAUUGUAUGACGACUACGUGAGAGUGAAGGCGAUGUACAUGAAAGCGCUAAAAUACCGUAACAAUAAAGACUCGAACGGCGAGUCGGACGGCAAAAUUAAUUAUUGCGAGGACAGAAGUCGAUCGACCGAAGUUUACGUGACUACGGAUACGAACGAUUCGUACAAGGGUGUGAUGAUCGACAAUCUGAGUGAAGACGAACAGGAGGAAAGGACGUCGUGGCCGGAUACACCGCCGCCUUUGCCGCCGAGGCUCAGGCAUUUGCCGCCAGUGCACAUGAACCUCGAGGACAGGCACAAAGCGGCCGGUAGAUCCAGGUCUCUGCCGCCACCACCUCCCUAUCGACCGCCGCCACAACCUCGCGCCCCUAUCACCACGAGGCAUCUAGGAUUCGGUAGAUCCGUCGUUGACGAUGAGAGUUACGUCUGAGUACAGAAAACGACAAAUCUGUGCUACCUCGCAAUCGUCAUCGAAGACUCCCUCCCUUCCUCCUCUCUCCCCUUUCCAUUAUCAUUUAUCACUCAACAUGUAUAAUGUUUAAGUCGUGGACCCGCUCUACGACGGCUGAACCUAGUCCAAAACCGAAACACAUACAUGCGUAGUACCGAGAACAAUGAAAAAGUCGUGGCGUUUGAAAGCGCGUUAUCGCGAUUUUUCUAUAAGAGCGACGAGUACUUAACUUCGUCCUCCUUUGAUCAAACUUAGAAAUAACGAGACGAAUGAAAUAAAUUCGACACGUGAGACAGUAAAGUGGAAUUCGCUGUCUACUUGUGACCGCCGACGAUAGAUCUUGGCCCGUAUUCUCGUCGUACUUUCAGCAUCUUCAUUCGAUUUUCAUUUAAUUUCUGCUUUAACAUAAUUUUUUUGUAUAAACAGACAAAAAAAUAUUUUAGUUUAAAUGAUCAUAUUGAAGGCUAAAAUGCUAUACUGUGUCAAAUCGAGGAUCCGGGCCUGUUAUUCAGUGAUUCAGGGUGCUUCCACGAGCGUUAGUUCAUACUAUUAAUAGACUUAAUAUUUGCGUAUUUAGGUAGCUAACUAAGCAAUAGAUUAACGGAUAAUGUUAGCGCCAAGACGAUACUAUGAGUAAUUUUUUCUUACGUAAAUAAUCCUUGUAAAAAGAUUGUCUACAAACGCAUCGAGAAAGUUUUGUGGGAAUACAAUCUGAUGUUGCCUAUUAAUAAUACAUUAAUAGAUACAACAGUCGAUAUAUAUGUAACAUUUUCUGUAAUAUGUUUUAUAACGUCUUAACCAGCGGAGAAUGUUUUAUUCUUGUAAAUGGAUUUUAACAGAUGUAUUCUCCAAAUCGAAAUGUACUUUUCUAUCGAUAUUAUCGAUAUGUGACGUGUUUAUAUAUUUUAAGUUUAUAAAAUGUUAGAGGACCAGUCGCGGGAAUAGUUACAUUGAUAUAAAUUGCGUGUAAGAAUUUGAGAAAAUAAAUUUAUAAAGAGACUUGUUAAAUAUUUUACUCGCGUAACUGGUAUCAAUUUGAAGCUGACUUUAAAUUUACGAGAGUCGUCUUUUUCGGCGCUUUCUCUCUUUUUUUCGCUUUCUUAUCUUUUUUUUUUAAUUGGCUCUGUAAGCAGUGUGUUCGUAGUUGUAUUUUAACAAAAUCUCAUUUUAUAAUGGAAUUAUUAGCUUUUUGAGAUAUAUUUUUUCCACACAUGUGUUCACACAAAAUCUGUUAUAUUAUAUCUUAUUUCGCUUACUUCGAGCAAAAACGACUCUUCCCCAUAAACAAUAAUAAUAACGACAACAAUAACAAUAUUUCGUUUCUGACAAUCGUAAUAUGAUUUGCAAAUAUAAGCCAUUGUGCGUGUAUAGUGCGAUUAUGUUAGCAGAUAUAGAUUACUACAAGAAACUUUGAAGUGUUACUACAUGAUCAGCCUUCUCGUUUUUUGUAUAUAUUAAAUUGUAAAACUGU